AUCAGUCAAUCUACGAUCGUACACAUCGUUGAAAACUUUCAAGACACCAACAAACUCGUCAAAAACAAAAUCACCAUGCAAUUCCAAGUGUCUUUCGCCCUCAUCGCUAUGAUCGUGUGCUUCGCCGCCGCCGCCGAAGAUGCCAAAUCCGCAUCCGACAAGUCCGCGGCCACCAAGUCUGUCACCGACAGAAGCAAACGUGGCCUGUACGCUCCACUUAUCACCUCUCCGUAUGCUCCAGCCUACACAGCGCCAUACGCAGCUCCAUACACCGCCCCUUACGCUGCCCCGUACGCUGCCCCUUACGCCGCCUCUUAUGUUGCCCCUUACGCAGCACCGUACGCCGCUCCAUACGUAGCAUCCCCUUACGCAGUCGCCGCCCCAUACACUUCUUCAUACGUGUCUUCUUACGGAGCUUACCCAUACGGUUAUGCAGCUUCACCAUACGGUUUCUACUAAUCAACAACAACUUCUUCAAGAUCGACAUAUUAUUAUUGAUAUACACCUUUAUUAUGUCAAUUAUAUAUACCGUAAUACGAAAACACAUAAAUUCAAUUAAAUAUAAUUUUGUAUUUGAAAAAAAAUUAUACACAGCAGUGCACUGUACCUAACUAAUAUAGGUACGUAUUUUCUUGUAGUUUUGUUAUUUUGUAAAUAAAUAUAUCUUAAAAUCAUA